UUUCAACACUACUAUAUAACAAAUAAUUUGAGCGAAUACAGACACACUCUAUGUAGAAGGAAGACGACCAGAUAAUCAUGUCAGAGCACUGGGAGCAUUACGAGAACAAGCUCAAACACGAAAACUUCAACCCCAAAGAGUUUGUGCAGCAGCUGUGCAAGAAUCUCGACAAUGCUCAAGAUCUCUACAGUGUCAAGAAGGUAGUUGAGGGUAUCAAACAGACACAUGCCACGGAUUUGAAGAAAAAUGUCUACAAAAACUAUGGACAGUUUAUUCAGACAAGCAAAGAGAUCACCUACCUCGAGGCUGAAAUGUACAAACUUGGCCACCUCCUGACCGAACAGAAAGCGCUGAUAUCCUCCCUUACUGAUGAUAACAUAACUUCAGAGAAAAACGAAGCUUUGGACAUCUCUAUCACGGAAGAUUUGAGUAUAGCCAAGAUUUGUGAGCUUGUCCAAGGAGCAGGUGUGCUUCAUGACAUCCCGGGCAGGAAGAUGAUACAUAAUGGCAAUCUGGUGGAACUUGGAGAAGAUGAGCGGCAUAUUAGGCUCUUUCUCAUGAACGACUGCAUCAUGAGUGCUGCUCCGACAAAGAGUGCGUGGAUGUCAGAAGCUUACAAAAUGGUGGAUUUGUUGGAACUGAAGAAUGUUACCGUCAUGGAUGUUCAAGAUCAGAAGCUGUGUUUUAAAGUUACCCAAUACCCUGCCAACAUGUUUUUGUACAGAGCUGAAACAGAGCAGAAAAGAAUAGAAUGGGUUUCCCUGAUAAAGCGGGCUCAACAAGACCUAAAAGAAGCAGUGGGGGAUCGUCCAGACAUAGAACUGAAACAAUCAAGAGAUGAAAUGAUUGAGGGGACUUGGGAAGAGAACCAACGAAGAACUAAAUUUAGAAUUGAAGCUCUUUUAGAACUACCCGAGCAACUUGAUGUCUGCAUUGCUCAAAGAGAUUUUGAAAAUGCUGUAAGAAAGUUAAGGGAUGCCAAGCCAGACAUAGCCAAACUGGACCAGUCGAAUCACGGCCCAGAAAUUAAAGCCAGAAUAGACAGCAGGCUACGACAGCUGACCGAAAUGUUGACUGAAGUUAACAUGGGUUCAGGAAUGUAUGCCCACGGUAAAGCCAGCAAGAAGCCUGUCAAACAACUUUUACUUUUAGAAAAGGUCACGCAGGCUACAUCCUUGUUUCUACGAAACAAGUCAACUAACCUGAAGAUGAGCAUCCGGAGGAUUAAGAUGGAGGGAACCAUGACACUUUACAUCACAAAACUAAGCCAAACAUUCUUCAGCACUGUUGCAGCUGUGGGGACGGAAUUCAAGGCUGUUUUCAGUAACACUGAAGCAGGUUGUAUGCCAUCCUAUGUAUCAUGGGUAGAGUCGGAGCUGGAAUGGUUUGCUGACAUGUUCUCCCGACAGGUAUUCCCUCAGGGUAGCGUGGUGGGACAUGGUGUUGCAGGUGAAUGUGUCUCCAUCGCUCUCAAGCAUGCUGAUCAGCUGAGUAUGAAUGGUCUGGAUAUCAGUUUCCUGAUGUCCAGACUGCUGCAACCUGGAAUUUCAGAGACUCUCAAGAGAAAUCACAUCCAGAUCAUGGAGGCGAGUCAGCUGAGAGCCAAGGAAGAACAUUGGAAGAAAUGUGAGUUCAGUAGACAGACUGGGGACAUCAAGAAGUUAGACGACCUACUUAAAACUUACAAUGUGGAUCUCUCCAAAUACUGUGUCUCCACUGGUGACGACAAGAUUUACGUGACCCUGUGCCACAGCGUCAUCAGCUUUGUUCGCUCUUUUCACUCCUACCUUAAUGAUGCUAAGAAAAUGUACAACGUCCGUGUCAAGAAACAACUGAUCGACUCGAUAACCAGCUGUUUGCAAUUCCAAGCAUUCCAGCUGAAGUUAGCUCCGCCUGAUGAGGAGAUACGGACAGUAGUCAGCUCCAGUGAUAUGUUCAUGAACAAGGAGUUCAUACCUGCUGUCAUUACUUUCUUAGAGACACAAGUUACUCAGCAGCCCGUACCUCAGAUUAGAAGUAUUCUUGAUAUGAAUGAUAUGCUCUGAUUGACGUUCUAGAUUUGUUGCUAAGGGAAUUUAGUUUCUUAUGACUCUUGAAUUUCAUUAAAAAUUUGAUGCAGUUUGUUAAUAACAUGAAAAUGACGUUGUUAAUGAAUGUACAUACAGUGAUAAAGUGUAAAUUGAUACAAAUUGUCUAAUUGCGUAGAUAUUUGAAGGACACGUUAAACGCUUUAAUUGAUUUGUAAAAUAUGUUACAGUGUCUUGCAUCGUUCUUCGCAAAUUGAUGAAGUGAAUAUUUUAUUACGGUGUCUUUUCUGUAAUCGAGUUGCUUAAUUUAAAAUUCGAUCGAGCUUUUUUGCUCUGUGAUUGGUUUAUAACUCGUAGCUCCUAAAAUUAAUCACUCAUAAUAUCCUACCAGAAAACAAUUCCUAAAGAAGUGUUGAAAAUAUAUAAUAUAUUAUCAACACUUCUUUGUUAUAUAUAAUAACAUUUUAAAUCUUAUAGUGUAGUGAUUUGACGUUCAAUAAUUUUUUUUGUUACGUGAUUGCACAUUUGCUCGAGUCGAAAGUAAUCCUAAAAUACACAAAUACGCUGCAAAAGGUAAUAAAACUGUUAUCGAUAAUUGAUUGAUUGCCGAGAAGCAC